GGGUGAAAUAAUUCAUAAAUUUAACAAUAAUAAUGAUUUUAUUCCAAGUUUAAAGCUGCCGAGGUAGCAGGCACAAUCACUUUCAAGAUGGGGAGACACUGCUCAGCCAAUGGGUGCAAUAAUGGGGAUAAAAAUGCCAGUUCCAGGGAAACAAAAAUUAGCUUUCAUUCCUUUCCUUUAAAAGAUGAAACUCUACUAAAACAGUGGCUUGUCAAGAUGAACAGGGAAGGUAUAAAACCCACCCAGUACAUGCACCUGUGCUCGGAACAUUUUGUGGAGGAGGAUUUUGUCUACCAGCCUUUUACAGGUCAACGACAGCUAAAGAAAGGUGCAGUUCCGUCAAUAUUUUCUAUUAAAAAGUCUCACAAAAAGCAAGCACCCUCUGUUGUAACACAAUUAAAUAAAUUAGAAGAUAUUGAAUGUAAGAAUAGCUUGGAUUCUACUGACAGCACAUCUGAUAUAUACCAAGAUGAAGAACAGUUUAAUUUAGAAGUAAGCAGCUUCAAAGACUUCAGCUCUCCCCUAGAUAUAUUAGAUAGCCUUGAUAUGCCCCUGAAGCCCUGGGAUGAACUCCUGCUGUCACCAGAUUCUAAAACUGGACCUGACGAGUCAGAAAGUUUGGACAACUGGAGUGAGUACCCAUUGCUAGGCACAGAUUUUAUUAGUUCUAAAAAUAGUUUUGGAUUUAAAUACUUCACUUCAGAAAUGGACGACAACGGUAUUACUGGUUUCAGUUCUGAGAGUAUCAAUUUCAAGGAUGAUAACCGACCUUUUGGUUUACUAUCAUUCAACAAAGAUGAAGAAAUCAAUUAUGAAGGUACAAAACAAGAUUUUAAUAGUUACAAUGAUGAAACAGCUUGCAAGGGGCCAGAUAUUCUCCUGGGGUCUUUAGAAAAACAUUUUGUCAAAAAUAUUUCUGUUGAGGAGCCACAAACCUGCCUGAAGACAUACAGUGAAGAAACUCUCCCUGUCGAUGAUAAUUUGUCUUUACACUUUACUUACACCAGCCUUACUGAAUCUCAAGAAAUGCCCACAGUUCUUGUAAUGCUACAAGACUCAGAUCUUUUAGUUCCUGAUUCUACACUGGAUCAACCUACAGAGAGCAAAAUGAAUGAUAAACUUCAAGGACGAAAACACAAAAAAAAACUCUUCAAAAAUGAUACCCAUAACACAAUUACACAGUUUGCAACAAAAUCUAAAUGGCUUAGGAAAUUUAUUAAGAGCAGGUAUAUAAACAAGAAUACCCCACAGAGACCUUCCAUCUCCACUAGGCACAAGUGUAAAGUAUGUUAUAGGGUUUUCAGAAAGAAACGCAGUCUUCAAAUUCAUCAACUUCUCCACAGUGAAAAACUAAGUCAACUUUUUAAUUGUGAUAACUGUUCAAAAAGUUUUACACACAAGAUUGUAUACCUUAGACAUCAGAUGUUUCAUAUAAAAGAAAAACUGUACAAGUGCAAGGUUUGUUUAAAAUGCUUCUCCAAUCAGCAAAGUUUAAAAUUGUGUCAAAAAAGACAUGAAGGUUUCAAACCUCACCAGUGUCUUGUUUGUUGUCAAAUUUUUAAAAGCAGGCAAGUGUUAAACACACACCAGCUAAGCCAUGCUGGUAAAAAUGUACCUAAAUACCAAAUAAAUUACUCGGCUUUAAAAAGUAGCAAACAUUUGAUAAAGGAAACCUCAAAUAUAGAAGACAAAGGUAAACCAUUUAAAUGUAAGUUCUGUACACAGACUUUCAUAAAGCACAGUAGUUUGAAAGUGCAUGUAAGGACUCAUGUUGGUACAAAGCUAGUAUCCUGUCCCACCUGCAAUCAGUUGUUCUUUGAUGAGCAGAAGUUGAGAAGGCACCAGAGGACUCACGCAAGUGAGAAACCUUAUCGGUGCGGCGUUUGCGACAGGGAUUUUGCUACCAUCCAGUUCCUGCAGUUACAUGAAAAACUGCAUGCACUAAAGAAUCUCAACAGAUGUAGCUUCUGUGGCAAGGUCUUUCUUACUAUCCAGCACCUUGAGCAACAUGAGAAGACCCACUUGGGGAAUCAAACUCAUCAUUGCCAGGUUUGCAAUAAGGAUUUUUCUCUUUUAAAAUCUUUCAAAAAGCACCAAAAGUCCCACUUUAAAGAGAACUCUUAUCAAUGUUCAGUUUGUAAAAAAACGUAUGCCGAUAUUACAGGCGUACACACAUGUUCUAGAAAUCAUAAAGAUGCUGAUUUCUUCAAGUGUGAAAUAUGUAGUAAAGUCUUAAAAAGCAGGCAAACCUUAAAGAUACACCAAAGAAUCCAUACAGGGGAGAGACCCUACAAAUGUAAUGACUGCACCAAAUGUUUUAAAUGUAUUGGGCAAUUACGGGAGCAUGAAAUUAGUCACUCCACUGACAGCCCAUACAAAUGUCACAUUUGUAGCAAGUCCUUCUCCAAAAAUUAUAAUUUAAAAAGGCAUUUAGCAAGUCACCUAAAAUUGAAAAUGCAUACAGCUAUAAGUAAAGCUGAUGCUGCUAGAACUUUAACUAUAGUUGUGUAAGGAACUACAAAAAAAAUGUUAAGAUCCUUAUUUUGUAGGCAUUGAAAACUAAUUGCGCAUCAUAAAUUUUUUUCACUGAAAACUUUUUAAAAUAAAUUUAAAUUGGUGUAACAGAAUUAGUUGUAUUUUCAAUUAUGGGAUACAGUAGGUUUAAUAAAGUUUUUCAUAAAGGUUGUGAAAAGUAAAAACCUUAAGAUUUGUAAAUACUGUAAUUUACUGUAAAAGUGUUGUUAAUUGUUGACUUCACUUAUUGUUAUUUGUUGUUGACAAAUGAAUGAAGUGUCAAAGAAAAUUGUUAUAUAUAUAUCACUGUGUUAAACCAACAUGAGUGUUUUCAUGAAACUAAAGAAAACAUGUCUCACUGAGUUACGAAAGAUGCUGAAUGUGGUAUUUUAACAGGAACUUUGUGUGGAUGAAGAGCUUUGCUGUCAAACUAAAUUAGCAUUAUUCAAUUUGUGUUCAUCACUCUGAAACCAAAAUAAUUUUAUUAAUGAGUUUACCCUAAUUCAUGCAAUUUUAUUUGCCUGAAAAUAAGAGUUAAUAAAAAAAUAUUGGGUGGGUUAUGUGGGGAGAGAACCCACUAAGAGUUGUCAUAACAUUGUUUUGACCUUAGUAUUUGUCUCCUAGACUAAUGAUAAAGUAACAACAACAAAAAUGUAUAUGUUGCUUAUCCAAUCAACUCCUUAUGAUGAUUUGGCAGCAAAACAUGUGUUGUCUAGUUACUAAGUGAAUUUACAUAAUUAAUAGUUUAUUGUAAUCAUCAAACUAAGUUUUUUUUUUUCAAAUGUCAAUUUUCAGCUUUGUUUGUGGCAUACAUGCUAUUAUAUGUUCUUAACCAUAAAAUAUAAAAAAAAAGUUUAAAAAAGCCUUUACUUUAUUUUCUCUAAAAUACAAGUUAAGGAUGUUAAGAGCAAUAUGGAAUGUAAUUAUUUUAUUACUAUGUUAGGUCUACUUUUGCUUAUGGAUCUGUAUCCUAGUAAGAUUAAAUUCAAUUAAUAUUUUUAAUGCAUUCAUUCUUUGGUCAUUAAAUUACUCUUUUAAUUUUUCUUUUCCAUUGAUCUGUACGCUAUGAGAUGCUGUUCACUUUACUUUAAUUUACCAUAUUAUACAAAAACAAAUAUUUUAAACUGAUACAAAAAUGUGUACUAUUGCUUGUAAUAAAGUUUUUUAAUUUUAUAUCAACCAUAAAGUUGAGACACAGUAAACCUGAUGUGUUCUGAUGUUAAGUGACAAAGUAACAGUGCUCCCAUGGUUUGUUUUAACGCUAUGUUCAACUACCUUCUCCUUUUUUUGUAAUAGUAAGGUAUCUAUAAAAUUUCCAUCAAUUAAAUUGAAAUAUUAGCUUAAUAAAUAUUUAAAAAGAAGUUAUAUUUGUUCAUUAUUGCUUAAAAUAUAUUGCUUUUAAAAAAUGUUUAGCAGAUAACUAAAAAAUUAGUUAGAUAAAAUCUUCUUUUACAUGGGUUCUGAUUAUACUAUAAAAUUAAUUAUCUGUAUAUUAAUUAAUGCUAAUGUUUUAGUAUAAAAAGUUGCUUAGUUAACCAACCUGAACCAGUUAUAUUUUUAGUGUGAUGAUAUAUAGUUCAAGCAGAUACCUUACCCCCUAGAUCCGUGUUUUUAAAAAAAUCGUUUUAUUAACUACGUCAGUUAAUAAUUCAUUUUACAAAAUUAUAAAAAAAAUAAGCUGUACUUUGUAAAUACGUUUCUGGUUUCUUUUGUUUGCAACAUGUUUUACAUGUCCACUUUGGAUUAAAAAAUGUAUUGUUUUUAAAACAAUCUACUAAUCCCAAUAGAUUGUUUCUUUAGAAAAGUUUAUGUAAAGGACUUAACUGAAAAGUAGAGAAUACUAUUGUGUGGAAAACUAAAAUAACCCAGACAUUAAUACAAAUGUUUUGUUAAAUGUGUAAGACAAGAUAUCUAUUUUAGUCUUCAUGUACUUUUUAAGAUAAACUUUUGUAAAAAAAAAAUAUCUUUAGACAAAGGGGUUAAUCAUUUGGAUUAUUCUGCUUAGCUCAUGUAGUAUUUUGGUCAAUAAAUUAUUUCACUCUUAUAUGUACACUACAUUAAAGUAAUUGCCUUGAGUUGUUUUAUAUCAAAUAAAGGUUUCUUAUUUGGUUGAAUUAAUCUAGGAAUCUUUUUUCAUGUUAUUUACUUCCUGAUAGAAGGUGACAAUUUUAUUUUCAUUUUAGUAACAGUGAAUUAACUAUGUAGUAAAAAGAAAUAUGUAUUGUUUUUAGUUCUUUGUUUACAAAUCAAUCAUUUUUUUUCUUAAUAAUUUACUGAAACCACAUAAGAAAUAAUGUAAACAAAUUUGCAGGAAAUUUUUGAAUUGUCACCCCUUUUUUCCUACAAUAUUUUACCAGGUUUUGGCGUUUUUAGAAUGUACAAGUUUCCAUUUUUUUUUUAAAGCUAACAAACAAAAGCUUGUAGAAAAGACAUUGAUUUUUUAGCUGCCAAUCCUAUUUACAUUAUUGCUUUUAAAUGACUCCAGUUAUUUUUUAAGUUUUACAUUUUUUCUCUAUUUUUUUUGUUUGUUUUGAUUUAAUGAAAAUUCAACAAAUUUAAUAAAACAGUGCAUGCUAUAUGUUGUACUUUUAAAAAUAAUUAUUGCAUGAAUUUGAAGUUGACAAAUUUAGUUAACAAUUUUUAAUUAGACUAAAAACAAAACUUUAAUGUUUCUGCAUUGAACACAGUAAAGUCAUUAUUCAGCUAUAACUUAAAAUUGAUUUGAUUUUGAUUUGAUUUAUAUCUUUGGUAUGGUUUGAAGAAAAUAGCCUUAUACAGUGUUUAAGUAAUUUUUUUUAGAGUUUUACUCUUGUAUUCUAUUUAAUUUACAGAAAUGUCUAUCUAAAGAGAACCUUGUGAACUAAGUGUAGUUUUUAUGUAGUUUUCAUUAUUGUUCUUUAUAAUUGUAGUGUUAAAAACUCUCUGGUUAAGAACAAUGUGUGUUCACUAAUUAUUAAAUUAGCUCAGUAUGUUAUUGUUAAACAUUGUAAUAUUUUACAUUGUAAGAGUUAUAAUCUUUGAAAAGCUUAAAUAUUUUUGUAACUAUUAAAUUUACAAUUCUUUAUAUAACAAGUUUGCAUGACUAAUCCAUAUUUUUAGAAAAUGUUUUUAUAGAAAAUGAAAAACCUCAGAUAUUUUGGGACUUAGCCAUGAUUGAAGAUAAGGACCAUUACAUUUGUUUUAGUGGCUUAAUCUAAUAUAUUAUAACUAAAUCACACCGUUUCAAUUUAUCAACUACUAUAAUUACUUUUGCUUAGACCAAGCAUAAUCAGCUUAAAAAGUUAUUUUAUGAAAAGAUUCAGAGAGAACCUAUUUGUAUUUAAGUUCUAUUUUUUACUUCUGUAAACUUUCAAUUCUAGAGAUUACUUCAGAACAGAUCAGUGUAGCCUCGCUUCCUCCAUUUUUUUUCUUAGCAAUCAGUAGGCAACCAUCUGAGUAAGGCUGAAUCCUUGUGAUUUUGUUUUAGGAUACUUUUUAUCCUGUUGAGCAAUAAAACAAAAUACUUUGGUCUUUUUCAAACUCCAGAACUAAACAUUUUAGUUCUAUUUAUAUUAUAGUUUACUUUAUUUGGAUAUUAUAAUUUACUGUAUUACAUUUACUUUUACACAGUUUAAAAAUUUAUUAUAGAGAAAAAUGUAAAAAUUAUUUCUCUUGGCAUGUAUUUUAAAAAAUAGUUCGGUAAAAACAUUUUCUCCUAUCCUUGUAAGUUUUUUUCCUUCUAAACUUUAACUGCAUGAAUAUCUCUGUAACUGUGUUAGAUUCAAACUAGUGUUUUAUUUUCUCAAAAAGCAGUAGCAGUGUAGUAGGUACCCCAACAGUUAGAUUUCCUAACACUUGUGUAUGACGUGUUCCAGAGAACUGAACAUUGUCUAAGGUACCAAGCAUAGCUACAAGAUACUAAGCUGUAGUUGUUGUUUCUUUAUCUUUCUUUAAAAAUACAUCUUAACACUUCUGAUACACCAGUAUAAUGCAUUUAAACUUAAAAAUAAUAUGAUUAUAGAAAUAGAAUGUCACAAAGUUAACUAAAAUUUUAAGACCUCAUUGUAUUUGUAAGCUUUUAUUAAUAAGUAGGUACACAAUUGGAAUUUUUUAACUCUUUAAAUAAUAAGGUGCUAGGAUUUGAAUUGAGAAUUAAUAAAGUUCGGCUUUAACAGGAUGUUUAUAUAUCAAUUUUGUUUGACAUUCAAAGCUUUAUUUGACAGAAAUAAAAGUUGUGUUGAGACUA